UUUUAAUAUUAUUAGUUAUACCAAAAUUCCUGACUUAAAAUAAGCAAAAAUUUCCAUACAUCUCAACUCAAACCAGCUUUACAAAGUUACUAAUAAAUCAAUCAAUCAUGAAAAUAGGAAAUCACUGGCAGGUAGGGCAAAUACGGCCCAUGUUAUUGACUUUUAAAGAUCUAAUAAGUUAAACUUUAACAUCUCUAUAGACAGGAAAUCGUAAUUUAGCUACCAAACACAUAAGAAAACAACACCAUCACAGACAUUGCUGCCAUUAGAGGACAUUGAGCAUCGGAAAUCUGAAUCAUAAAAACCGAAUCAAGUCUUUCUCUUCCUUGCUUCUUAAUUAAAGAAUGUGGAGUCCAGGAGUAACAGCAGCCAUGGUGGGAGUAGAGUUCACGGAGGUAGGCAUAAGCACCAUCAUGAAAGCAGCCAUGAACAAAAGCAUGAGUCAAUUUGUGUAUAUAGUUUAUUCAAAUGCCUUUGCCAUCUUCAUCCUUCUUCCCUCUUCCUUCAUCUUUUACAGGGAAAGGUCUCCCCCCAAACUUAAUGCAUGCAUCUUCUCUAGAAUCUUGCUUCUGAGUAUUGUCAGUUUUAGUAUUCAGAUGCUUUUUAACACUGGAAUAAAGUAUAGCUCUCCAACUUUGUGCACAGCCAUGACUGAUCUAACACCGGCUUUCACUUUUUUACUGUCUGUAAUAUUCAGAAUGGAAAAGCUAGAGUUCAGAUUACAAAGUAGCCAAGCCAAGUCAAUUGGCACUAUAGUAUCAGUUGCAGGAGCGUUGAUUGUGACUUUGUAUAAAGGGCAACUUAUCACUGCAAAUGUUGCAUCCCAAAUUGAUGAACAGUUGCUGUUGCUCUCAUCUGCAAUGUUGCAUCCAAAUUUGAUGAACCAGUUUGCUGUUUGCUCUCGUCAAAUUGGGGUUAUUGGUGGCAAUUUUUUUGUGCAGUUGGUGCAUUUGUGCUUAAGCAUUGUUUUUGAUAUUGUCCUAGGUAAAAACGCUAAAAUUCUGCAACUUAAAUUACUGACUUGGAUUCUGAAGGAGUACCCUGCGGAGUUGAUGGUAACGGUGCUAACUUGCAUCUCCGUGACUCUGUUAUCUGCUGUAGUCUCUCUAAUUUUAGAGAAACACCCUAAUGCAUGGAUACUGAAGCCUGAUGUUGAAUUGAUAGCUAUUUUAUGCUCAGCAAUUUUUGCACUGUCACUUCGUAAUGUAGUUCAUGCUUGGGCAUGCCACAAGAAAGGACCUCUCUACACUGCCAUGUUUAAACCACUUGGGAUUGUUAUUGCAACUUUCAUGGGGUUUUUUUUUCUUGGGGACAACCUUUAUGUUGGAAGUGUGAUUGGAGGUAUUAUUAUUGCCCUUGGAUUUUAUACAGUGAUAUGGGGAAAAUCCCAGGAAGAAAAGAUGAAUGAAGAAGGCAAAGGAAACCCUAACUUGGAGUCGAGCUCUCAUAAGAUCCCUCUACUGCGAAACAACAGUAGUGAUUUGCAAUCAACAAUAGCUCAAGCUAAUUCCAUUUUGUAUUAAAAAGCCGUCGGUCACUGAUAUUAGGGGUCUCUGUCUCUUUGAAUUUGAUACUCAAAAAUGUUAGUUGCGAAUCUUUCAGGAUGAAUUAAUACAUUUUUGUAUAAUAUUUAUUAUUUCGAACGUGG